CGAACCCGUGGAUUUUUCCACGGGCUAACGACUAGUCUCUAUUAUAAUAGCCGUAUUCCGUCUGUCUGUCUCUGCUCGGACCCCCCGCUGAGUUAGAAAAUGAUGUUACGGAAACACGAAUAUCAAAUGCGAUAUAUUUUUAUCCACUUUGUUGCGACGGGUAAAUAUAAAGGACGGGCGAACCCGUGGAUUUUUCCACAGGAAACGACUAGUCUAUAUUAUAAUACCCGUAUAGGUCUGUCUGUCUUUCACGCAAAAUGGUAGCUUAGCUGCGCAAGUAGCGACACGCACGUGAUGCGGUAUAAAAAGGACGGGCGAACCCGUGGAUUUUUCCACGGGCUAACGACUAGUCUCUUUAAUAAUAGCCGUAUUCUGUCUGUGUGUCCGCGAAAGCCGCGUCCCAUAACGGAAACACGAAAUUUUUUAAAUGCGCACCAAUACCAAAUGCGAUAUAUUUUUGUCCACUUUGUUGCGACGGGUAAAUUUAAAGGACGGGACGAACACGACGGGUGAGUCCGUGGAUUUUUCCACGGGUUAACGACUAGUCUCUUUAAUAAUAGUCGUAUUUUGUCUGUCUGUCCGCGAAAACCGCGUCCUGUUACGGAAACACGAAAUGCGAUAUAUAAAGGACGGGCGACCCCGUGGAUUUUUCCACGGGUAACGACUAGUCUCUUUAAUAAUAGCCGUAUUCCGUCUGUCUGUGUGUCCGCGAAAGCGGCGUCUUGUAACGGAAACACGAAAUUUUUAAAAUGCGCACGAAUAUCAAAUGCGAUAUAUUUUUAUCCACCUUGUUACGACGGGUAAAUUUAAAGGAUGAGCGAACACGACGGGCGACCCCGUGGAUUUUUCCACGGGUUAACGACUAGUCUAUAUUAUAAUUCACGUAUACGUCUGUCUGUCUGUCUGUCACGAAAAAUGGUAGCUUAGCUGCACAAGUAGCGAGACGCACACAAUGCAGUAAAAAAGGACGGGUGAACCCGUGGAUUUUUGCCACGGAUCAGUCCUAAUGGAGCGAUAUUCACACGCCAUUACACGACAAUUAACCCAUCUCUUCCUUUUCAAACCUUACCCAAUUACUCCAUUUUGGUGUACUAUGCUGACUCAAUGUUCUCACCAGCAUGUGGAGCUUGCAACCUGUAUUACCGAACUAAUAUAUCAGGAUCAGAUUUGAAUAAAAUCAACGCAAAACUACAAAAGAAGGAUCCAUUAUUUAAUGCUGUUAAUGGUCGAAUAUUAGUUGUGACAUGGUAUCAAACAAAAGGAUUCUACGCUAAUGAUGUAAACACAUAUCAAGCCAUAUUAGCAUCUGAUGGUUCAAAGACGUAUGCUAUAAUUAAUUAUGAUGAAAUCACAUAUUACUCCAGUCCCACAACACCGCAAGUUCGAUUGGCAAGGGUCGGUUUCAAAGUAAACAACAAUAAACUAUGUUCAUUUCCUGGAACAAGAACAAAUGAGGUGCUGAAGUUAACAUGUCGAUCAAAUGUGUUUGUUCCUGGGCUAUUUGUUGUUGGUUUGACACCUAAUGCAGAUUUUCAGUGCAAUUCAGCUGAUAACUUACCCUUCGACUGCUCGCACUGUAUUGGAGAACAAACCUGGCUUACCACCACCUGUCCUACUGUCUAUUCACCUGUUUGUGGCAGCAAUGGAGUUACCUAUUCAAAUCGAUGCAUGUUUAACAGAGAAAGAUGUCGAGCUAGAGGCAAUUUAACCUUGGCUCGCAUUGGAGAAUGCACACCUGUUAUUUCACCAUCAUCAAUGGUUGUGCAACCCACAUCAGUUCAACAUCCUGUGCUCUCUUCAGCUACAUCAGAAACGUCACCAGCAAUGAAUGUUCAGCCAACCAUUAGUUUGAGAGUCAAUGCAACCACCAAUAUUAGUCCUUCACCUCCACUGACAGCUACAUCUUUUAUCCGUUCUUCGCUCAGCAAUAUCUCGAUGAAAACAUCAAUCAAAGCAACACGAAUGUCAACAGUGAUGAUGAGGUCAAGUUCUUUUACAUCGCCUCCACCACCUAAAAACGACACGUUACUUUAUCCAUAUGGUACCAAAAAUGGCGAUCGAAUUUUGCCUUCUGGAUUUCGUUACACUUCUUGGUCGUACUAUAUCUCUCCCAUGAAGCUUUUUUCAAGAACACAAAGCAGGUUUUAUAUAUAUGUAAGCGGAAUUAUAACGUUUGGUAAUUCGGGUUAUGGAUCCAUACCUAGUUCCAGUACAUUCAUUUCAGCAUAUGCAACGGAGUUAGAUACUAGAUACGGGCGGGGAACUGUAUACUUCCGCGAAACUAAGGAUUAUAGAGUUCUAGCACGAGCUACCAGAGAUGUGUUGCACCUGCAUCCAUACUCUAAAUUCAGACCUACCCGCGCCUUGGUUGUCAGUUACAUUGAUGUAAGCUCAUAUUAUGGAACGAACUCAAAACACACCUUUCAAGUUAUAGUGGCGACAGAUGAAACGUCAACAUACGGCAUCAUGAAUUAUCAGCGUUUAGAUAGAUCAAAUGCAAUAAAUGGUUUCUCAGAGGGUUAUUGCAACUUCAGAUUAUUUCAACCAAGAUACGUUAGCACAAAUCUAGUGCAUAGAAGUAACAUUGGAGUUAGAGGUCGCCAUGUUUAUAAACUUACAAAGGAAGAAUGCUUCAAACCUCUUACAGGAGUUUACUUCGUUACACAGCAUACUUCAUUUUACAGCAACUACGGAACACUAGGCAUUAAUUAUUAUUUUGCUAGAAAUAGUGUUGUUGAAAAACCUAACGUCAUUCUACUAGAAAUGGUCACAAAUGACAUUACAAAUUCAAUAUGCAUUUCAUCGAGAAACAUUAACGAUAACAGAAUGUACAUGACUGUUUCCUACAUUCUUGGAAGGCAAGGACGACCAGCGUACACGUCAUCUCAAUUAAAUGCAAUGGUAGUGUUUGGCAACGUAGAUGAAGACGAAACAUUUCAAUACGGGAUUAUAGAAGUACAAAGUUUUACACAAAAUAUUCGUUGCAAUUCUUAUUGGUUUUCAAGCAAUAUGAAUGCAAAUCCAACAAUCAAACUCACUGCUGACAUUGGACGUGACAAUUCUCAAUUAUCUCGUCACACAAACAUUUGGUUACGAGACGUCAGGCAUUCUGGCUUCAAGGUUUGCUACAAAGAAUCUAUGACAUACAGUGGAAGUAGAAACAUCUCCGUGCAUUAUAUGGCUGUUGCUGAGGAUAAACAUAAUAUUACAGAACAUGGAAUAUUGAUGUUUUCAAGAGGUCUAAACUCCAGCUGUAAAACAUUGUUUUUCAAACUUGAGUACAUUGGGACUCCAUUCGUGUUUGUUACACCAGAAGAAAUUUCAUAUCAAGGAACAAGAGGAGUAUUAAUCUCUUGGGUGAAGACAAUUCGACCAACCUAUGCUGAAGUAUGUGCCAUGCACUCUGAAGACGAUGCAGGUAUACGUGAGAGAGAUAUGACAGUUCAUUAUCUUGUGCAAGGAAAAAUAAGUCCUUGCAAUUAUGUAACUUGCCCAGAUCAUUUGCAAUGUAGGCUUCGUGCCAAUAGAACCUAUUGUGGCUGCAUUCAACAAUGCUUAAAUGUAUCAUCUUCAAAAACAUUCUGUGGCACCGAUUUCGUUACCUAUGCUAGCAGAUGUCACUUAUAUAAAGAUCAUUGUGAAAGAUAUAAAAACUUAUCAUACCCCACUGUCAAAGUAGCUCAUAUGGGAAAAUGUGAACGUUUCCCUUAUCAAACUGGUGUGACGCAGCUUGACAAUGUACCUGGUAUACCCACAGUUUUCUGCAAACAAAUCACAUUAAACCCCAUCUACUUUGGUCAAGAAGGUAACAUAAGUGUACAGCUAACUGUUUCAUGGGGAAAAGUGGAUACAAAUAACAUAACCCAUGAUGCAACUGCCAGCUGGACUGAGGCAAUCUCAAUUCGAGGCUUUAAGGCUUGUGUUAUGGUUGCUGGAAGACAUUAUUUUGGUAGGUUUGAUAGAAAUCCAAGUGUACAUUGGAUUGCGCAUCAAAAUGGGUUUUCCGGAGGAAGUGGCUAUUGGGAUUCUGGUGUCGUUAAUAUGCCUACAUGGUAUACUGGAAGCCGAUGUGUGUCCAUAUCAUCAAGGACCCCAUUUGACGCAGCUGUAAGCUUUUUCGCGACCGUGGAACACACCAAAUUGAGGGCAUAUGAAAAUGCAAUGACUGCAUGGGCAGAAGAAACAAAGUUCCGCAGUGGUUAUAACGUUUGUGCAAGAGAAUUGCAAAAUUUUGAUGGUGUACACGAAGGCAUUAGGAUUCAUUGGAUGGCAAUUAACGGCAACUUCUUGCCAUUUUUGACUGAAAAUAAAGCAUUCAUCUACUCAGGGCGAUACAUUGCAUUGGGAUCUGCUAUACCUGUUGUGUGCGAGAAAAUAGAGUACAACCUUCAGUAUCCCAUGUUGCCAAACCCGACAGUUCUUGUAUCAGCAUCUAUAUACACUGCCUCAGUAGGAAGCGGUUUUUCAAACUACGACACAGCUGUCUGGAUAGAGUAUGCUGGAGUCACGCAUUUGAAGAUGUGUCACAAGCAACUGCGAGAUCGGGCUUUCACACCGUCAAUACGAAUUACAUACGCUUUAUUACCAACAUUAUGUGAAGCAGGCUAUACCUAUGUUAAGGGCAGUUGUUACAAAGAUUUGAAGGGAUGUAGCCCGUAUGAAGCCUCCGUUGAUCGUUGCUUUAACGUGAAUGGGAAGUUACCAACCGUUACAAGCGCAAGCGAAGCUUACUUCCUGGAGCAAGCUGCAGGUUCUGGUCAAACAUGGAUCGGUUUAUCUGAUCAACUUUCAGAGAGACAAUGGGUGUGGGAAAGUGGCUCUACAUCUUCUUUCCGAAGAUGGUUACCAAACAAACCAGAUGGUGGCCGCACUGAAAAUUGUGCUGUUGUUGAUGGUAGCUAUAACGUAUCGGGAUGGGACGAUGUCUCCUGCUCAACAUGUGCAGGAGUCAAGUGCCAGAAGGAUGCCGACUUUUUAAAGCGAUCGUGCAGUUUUUACUGUCUUAAUGGAGGUAGUUGCUUGAGCACAAACCAGACGAACCAGACAACCACAGGUCAAUUUAACACAUCAACUAGUUACAAUGGUACAACCGGUGUCAACGGUUUGGUUUGCAAGUGUCCAGAAGGGGUUGUUGGAAGGAGGUGUAACAUUGACAUUUCAUCCUUGACGGAAUGUCAUAAUUACACCACACAUACUGAAGCAUGGAGAAAGCACUACAGAUUCAAUGCAACUUACAAACCUAACACCACCGUAGCUACCUUUACAACUCAAGGAUUCACCACUACACCAUUCAACUACACCUACAGCUACUGUGAUCCAAGAAAUUUAAAAAAUGGUUGGCAUAGGUUUAAUGGAGCAGCAGGUACACGUCUGUUGGAUUACUGCACAGGAUCCCGUAAUCGUUGUGGUACUCCAAGUCCUGGUUGGGUAUAUGGCAGUCAUCCAACAGUCGAAGAAGGGAUAGUAAAGAGACCCUUACGAUUCUUUACUCAUUACUGCGCUGAUGAUAGCGGUGAAGUUCUCAUUCGAAAUUGUGGUAACUUUUACUCGUAUCGAUUCACUAAAUUACCAAGUUGGUCUUGUAAUUACGGAGUAUGUACCAGAGAUUAAGAAGAAGACUUGACGUGAUAAGAGACAACAAAGGUUAUAAAACAUUAAAAGUAAACAAACAACCAAGGAAAAUAAGAAAAAAAUGUUUUAAAAAAAAUUUUGUAGCAAGAAGCAAUGUAUUAGUUUAUAUUACUAGUCGCUGUUCUGUGAAAAAUCCACGAGUUCUCCCGUUUUUUACUCCGCAUUACAUUCGUCUCGCCACAGACGCAUAAUGCAUUAUUAUAGAUUCUAGUCUUAUACCCGUGGAAAAAUCCACGGGGCCGCCCGUCCUUUAUAUAUCGCGCAUUUUGUGUUUCCGUAUCACAACGUCUUUCUUCGCACAGAAACAGACAGACGGUAUACGGUUAUUAUUAAAGAGAUAUGCACCUUUCUUCCAAUUGCAACUCUGGUAAUUCUUAAUCGCAAUGUUUAGCAAUUCAGAGAUUGUGUAGUUCCUAAAAAAUCUUGUUUAUAUUUUAGGAAUAAAUUUAUAACGUUUUGUGUGAAAUGUAUUUAAAGGGUUUUAUAUUUUUGCUGAUCUAAGUCUAUUUUGAAUAAACUUAAAAUUUGCUGUA